UUCUGAAGCGUUGAGAUAUUUGGCCAUAUAGUCGCCGUUUUUCCCGCUGUUGUGUAACUUACUUCCAGGCAGGCCUUGGCCUCAAAACACACAGGAGGGCCAUACAGCAGAGAAACCGCUUCAGUCCUGCAUACAAAUGCCAGUGGAUAAAAGAGGAAGAAGUAAAGAAGUGUAAAGACGGUUUUGAUGAUCACACCGCAUUGCUAAACGGCUUUUGGGGAUAUGACGACAGUUACUGGCACCAAGGAAUCAGAGAUCCUGCAGUAAAAUCACAUUAACAGACAGUCAGGAUCCAAUUUCUGUGGAUUCUCAAGAGAGCGGUGCGCAAAUUCCUGAAAAUAAAUCCUUUGCCUUUCCAUCUUGCCUUCCCUUAUUUUUUAAGAAAUGAAUUCAGACUCGGUUGCAAUGAUGGACCUGCAUGAAAAACUGCACAAAAAGGAGACCACCGUGUGUAUCUUUGGAACGGGUGAUUUUGGACGCUCGCUAGGGCUCCGUUUGCUCCAGUCGGGGUACAGUGUUGUAUAUGGAUCCCGGGACCCUAAAAACUCUCUAUUGCUGCCUAAAGGCUCAAAAGUCAUGGCUCAUGCUGCUGCAGCUUGUGAAGCAAGUGUGAUUUUCGUGGCGGUGCAGAGGGAGCACUAUGGAUUUUUGACUCAUCUGGCUCCAGAUCUUGAGGGAAAGGUGCUGGUAGAUGUCAGCAAUAAUAUCAAAAUGGGUCUUUACCCAGAAUCCAAUGCAGAAUACCUGAGCAGGCUGGUUCCAGGGGCUACCAUAGUCAAAGCCUUCAACACUAUCUCUGCCUGGGCUCUGCAGUCUGGAGGACUGGAUGCCAACAGACAGGUCCUUAUUUGCGGAGACCAGGCUGAGGCCAAACAGCAGGUAGUGGACAUUGCUCAGAGUCUGGGUUUCACUGCUCUGGAUAAAGGCUCUCUCCGAGCAGCUGCUGGGUUAGAAGAUCUGCCCCUGCAACUAUUCCCUCUCUGGAGGCUUCCUUUUUGCAUCGCCAUUGGUUUAGCAGCUUUCAUCUUCUUCUAUGUCCUCACGAGAGAUGUCAUCUAUGAGCGAGUUACCAACGGAAAAGACAUCUCAUUCCGCAUUAUGAUCUCGCUGGCCAACAAGGUGUUUCCUAUCGUCUCUCUGGUGAUGCUGGCCCUCUGUUACCUGCCGGGAGCUUUGGCAGGAUUCCUGCAGCUUUAUAAUGGCACCAAGUACCGUCGCUUCCCAGAUUGGUUGGAUCGCUGGAUGCUGUGCAGGAAGCAGCUGGGCCUGUUAGCUCUGGCCUUUGCUUUUCUUCAUGUUCUCUACACAUUUGUGAUACCCAUCAGAUACUAUGUGCGCUACAGGAUCAAUGUCUACACUUUAUCACUGGUAAAGGAUAAUAAAACCUACGAGUUUGACAAUGUAGCAGCCUGGCGUCACGAUUCCUACUAUUCCAUGGGAAUUCUUGGAUUUGGGCUGUUUGUCCUGUUAGGAAUUACAUCUCUUCCAUCUGUGAGCAACUCCCUAAACUGGAAGGAGUUCAGUUUUGUGCAGUCUAAACUGGGUUACACCACCGUGCUGCUCUGUACUGCUCACGCAUUUCUCUAUGGCUGGGAUAAAUUUCUGAAACCUUACAAGUGGUGGAUGCCUCCUGCAUAUAUGUUGUCUCUAGUGGUUCCCUGUGUGGUUCUGAUCCUGAAACUAAUCCUGAUCACCCCAUGUGUGGACCGCAAGGUCACCCGUAUCCGUCAAGGCUGGGAACGACAGAGCAAAACUUCAGCAAACUGCAGAGAUGGAAAGACAAACCAGCCGCUCAUGGCAUAGCCAUUUUUAAAGGUGCCAUAGAUUGCACUGAUAAAAUAUGUUUGAAUUGUUUUCUGAUAUCUAAAUACUAGGCAUGUGGCUUAAAUAAGUGUAAAAACAGUUUUAGGUAUGAAGUUCUACGAUUUGACCGUAUUUGGAAUGGUCAUAAAUAUUAAUGAGCUCUGCUUCGAUGCACCUCCUGCUCCUGUUAAUCGCUCACUAUUUCAGUCACCACAAAACAAGAUAAUCAAAUUAUCACCCCAUAUGAAUGAUGACUAACUUUGUUUUAUAAAGUGUAUUGCCUUCAUUUUAAUCUAGAAAAUCACUGAAAAAGCUGAAUGAUACUCAUUAUUUAAUUAUGCAUAUACAGAUUUCUUUUCUGAGGCUGAUUGAAAAAUGUAUGGCAAACAUAAGUGCAGAGAUGAACUAAGACUUAACUGAGCAUUUGAUUUGGGACUUGACUUGAACUGAAAUUUAGAGACAUUUUUGUAGUUAAGGGAUAAAUAUUUCCCUUGAGUGCCAUUCAUUCAUUCAUUUUCUUUUCGGCUUAGUCCCUUUAUUAAUCCGGGGUCGCUACAGCGGAAUGAACCACCAACUUAUCCAGUACAUGUUUUUACGCAGCGGAUGCCCUUCCAGCCACAACCCAUCUCUGAGAAACAUCUAUACACACUCACUCACACUCAUACACUACGGACAAUUUAGCCUACCCAAUUCACCGGUACCGCAUGUCUUUGGACUGUAGGGGAAAGCAGAGCACCCAGAGGAAACCCGGAGGAGAACAUGCAAACUCCACACAGAAACGCCAACUGACCCAGCCGAGGCUCGAACCAGCGACUUUCUUGCUGUGAGGUGACAGCACUACCUACUGCGCCACUGGGUGGGCCACUGCGUUGCCCGCCCCUUGAGUGCCAGUGUUAUUUAAAGAAGGAAGGAAGUCUAUCAGACAAAUAAUCAGGAAGACUUUUAUCAAAGAUGAAUAGUUCCUUCUUUGAGGACAUGUUCUGAGUUGAUUAUUAAUUUUAGAAGACAAUUAUAUAACAGUUAGACUUGGUUCUUGAUCAUGAUUGAGCGAGGGGCAUACCGUAUGAGACAGACUGUGACAUAUUUUACUGCAAGUUACAGUGUUUCGUCAGUAGAACAUAAUCACUAAAUCAUUUACACAGAAAAACUUAUUGACUAAAAAAAAGGGAAAAAAUCAGGAGGAAAACAAGUAAAAACAAUUAAGUCACUCUAAUGUUUCAUUCAUAAAAAUAGCUGGAAUUGCAUGAACUCUGAUAAUUUAAGUAUUUAUAAUCAAACUAGUCCAAAACAAGUCAAAUGUAACCACAUCAAUCCAAAUGGAUCAUUUAAUGGUUCCAUGAAGUGAUGUUUGAGGUAUUCUCAACUGAAACAUGAAGUGAGGGUGGGACAUAGAGUAGCUAUUUAACAGCUCUGCCAUUGACUAUGUUUACAUGGACAUCAGCAAUUGAAUUAUUUGCCUUAAUCUAAUUAAGACAAUAAUGAGAUUAAGGUGUUUACAUGAGUUGCUUUUUAAAUGUUUCUUUCAUGAUCCCGUUUUACAUGUUAUAGCACAUAAUUAGAUCAACGUCAUGUCAUUUCGGGUGUUUUAUUAUUAAUUUGUCGACUUUAACUGCAGUUUGAAACUUUCACUUUCAUUCGGGUAUGCGAUACUCUAACUAAAAUCUAAAGAUUUUAGAUGUUUUAUAAUUUUGUAUAAUAAUUUAUUUGUAUAAUUUUAAUUUGAUAAACAAAAUUUUUUUUUACUUUAAUCCAACUUUAAAUCCAACAGAAAUUCCAUUUGUAUUGUAAGGGGUGGCUCAAACUUUUUUACCUGUGUUGUUUGGAAGAAAUAUAGGCAGUUAUAGCAGUUACAAAAGAUUUUAUGACAUAUGUACUUUAAUAUGAAGAAAAAUAAGCAAACUAGCAUGCAGUACAACCUGUAUUUUUCACUCAGUUUGUGUACAUAAUAUAGUUGGAAUUAAAGCACUUCUAUUGAAUAGUGCACAUUUAGGAGACCUAUCGUGAAGUAUAAGUGAACUUGCAUAAUUUAUAUUCUUUUAUAUAUAAACUAAACAUUUUUAACAACUAAAACAAUAUUUUUUCAUUCAAAUGUUGAAAACAAAUCAUUGAGCAAUUCUAAGAAUUUAUUUUAAAAUCUUCAUGUAUGUGGCAUAUGUGGCCAGUGUGAAGCAUCCACCUUGAUGAAGCGACGGCAGCCAUAUUGCGCCAGACCAGCUGGUGGAGAGCAGACAGAGUAAUGAAUGCAGUUAGGAUAUAGGGGUGGUUAGGAGGCCAUGAUGAACAGAGGCCAGUGAGCAAAUUUGGCCAGGAUGCCAGGGUUAAACCCCUACUCUUUUCAAAGGACCACAGGACCUCAGUUUAACAUCUCAUCCGAAAGACAGCUCUCACUGAGCAGUCCCCUUCACUAUACUGGGGCGUUGGGACCCACACAGACCGCUGGUUGAGCGCCCCCUGCUGGCCCCACUAACACCACUUCUGGCAGCAACCUAGCGUUCCCAUGAGCUCUUCCAUCCAGGUACUGACCGGACACAGCCCUGCUUAGCUUCAGUGGGCGACCAUGUGAGAGUUUCAGAGAGCUAGCUACCGACUGUGAUAGAUCAUGUGAUAUUAAUACUGACUUACUAAAUAUAAAGUAGAAUUUUCUUUUUAAACAAAACUUUAGACAGACUUGAACUUGACUGAGACCUGACAGAACAUGUCUGGCAGGCUGGAGAAGAACUAGAGAGAGUUUGGCUUCUCAACACACCUCAGUUCACUGCUGAGCGGCAGUUUUAAAUUACACUUAACCGACCGUGGAGCUGAUCUUCCAUCUCACACUGCUGAUCACAUCUCACAUGAUCACACAUUACUCUAUUACCCAUACAUAUCUCCCCCUUUUACACUGGGGACACAUUAGAGAGGGCACUCAGUAAUGCACACUGUAUAUAUUAUAACCGUAGAUUCAUAACACAUUGCAGUAUAAUCAAUACAUAUGUGGUGUUCAUGUUUAAAAAUAAUCUAUGCCAUUUAAAGAAUACAAAGGCAGCAGUGGUGGGUGUUUUAUUAGAGCACACAUUUCUGUAUUGUGUAAAGUACUUGUCUUUUUUAUUACCUGCUUCCUCUGGGCUAUUUCCUCUCAAGAGCCUCCCAGUGGGCUUUUCCCUUUAGAUAUUAUCGAUCCAAAACUGAGCAGCAACUUACUUCUUGAUCUGUUUCAGGGUCUGGGCUUUCCUGUCUGCAGGAGAGCUCAUCUUUCUCUCUGUUGUGAAGUAUAAAGGAGCUGUCAAUCACACUGGCGGUCGGCUGCUUCUCUAUAGUGCUUUCAUGAAGAAUUGUCGGCUGUGGAGAGUUUUUGCUUAGACCAAAAUAGCAAGGCUCAUUUUAUGACAAAUAUUUCAGCAAGUCUGUGAAGGCACAGCUGAGAAAACUAAUAACGUCAGUAAUUUUGAGCACAAAAACUUGCGAGGGUGUUUAUCGAGAAAUGUUGGAGAGUCGCUGAUUUUGACUUUAUUUUUGUAUUACUCGUAUCAGACUGUAAUAAAAUGUGAAAAGCA